AUGGCCAACACCACAGGGCUGAACACCUCAGAAGUCGCAGGCUCAGUGGGGUUGAUCCUGGCGGCCGUCGUGGAGGCAGCAGCCCUACUGGGCAACGGCGCGCUGCUGGUCGUGGUGCUGCGCACGCCGGGACUGCGCGACGCGCUCUACCUGGUGCACCUGUGCGUCGUGGACCUGCUGGCGGCCGCCUCCAUCAUGCCGCUGGGCCUGCUGGCCGCGCCGCCGCCCGGGCUGGGCCGCGUGCGCCUGGGCCCCGCACCGUGCCGCGCGGCGCGCUUCCUCUCGGCGGCGCUGCUGCCCGCCUGCACGCUCGGGGUGGCGGCGCUCGGCCUGGCGCGCUACCGCCUCAUAGUGCACCCGCUGCGGCCCGGCGCGCGGCCUCCGCCGGGCCUGGUGCUCACCGCUGUGUGGGCCGCCGCGGGGCUGCUGGGCGCGCUUUCCCUGCUCGGGCCGCCGCCCGCGCCGCCCCCUGCUCCCGCGCGCUGCUCGGUCCUAGCGGGCGGCCUCGCGCCCUUCCGGCCGCUCUGGGCGCUGCUGGCCUUCGCGCUGCCCGCGCUCCUACUGCUCGGCGCCUACAGUGGCAUCUUCCUCGUGGCGCGCCGCGCGGCCCUGCGGCCCCCGCGGCCCGCGCGCUUCUCCCGGCCGCGCUCCGACUCUCUGGAUAGCCGCCUCUCCAUCCUGCCGCCGCUCCGGCCUCGCCUGCCUGGGGGCAAAGCCGCCCUGGCCCCGGCGCUGGCCGUGGGCCAGUUUGCAGCCUGCUGGCUGCCUUACGGCUGUGCGUGCCUGGCGCCCGCCGCGCAGGCUGCAGUGGCCGAGGCGCCCGUCACCUGGGUGGCCUACUCGGCCUUCGCGGCUCACCCAUUCCUGUAUGGCCUGCUGCAGCGCCCCGUGCGCAGGGCACUAGGUCGCCUCGCCCGUCAGGCGCUGCCCAGGUCCCCGAGGGCCUGCGCUCCGCGGACCUGGCACCUGCGGGCGCUUCUGCAGCACCUCCGGGGACGGUCAGAGAGCCCUGCCCUGGGCCUUUCCGAAGCACCAGAACAAGCCCCAGAUUUGCCAAGAGGGGAGAGCCUGAGCAUGCCGGGGGCCACCUGA